GGGAGCCGACCGUCCGCCACCUUGAAUUUAAAGGAUCCGCGGAGAAAACAACAGCGAGCGGAGGGAGGGAGCGUCGCCCGAUCGCGGACCUCCGGAAAGAGAGCGAGGCAGUGUCCGGCCGCUCACGCAGCUCUCGGCGGGCUCCCGGAACAUGUCGACGAUGGUUUACCCCAGGGAUGAGAAGCUGGAGAAGCUCAGCCAGGAGGACAUCAUCUCUAACACCAAGCUGGUGAUGCAGGGGCUGGAGGCGCUGAAGAACGAGCACAACUCCAUCCUGCACAGCCUCAUGGAGACCAUCAAGUGCCUGAAGAAGGAUGAGGAGGCCAACCUGGUGCACGAGAAGUCCAGUCUGAUCCGCAAGUCUGUGGAGAUGAUUGAGCUUGGCCUGGGCGAGGCACAGGUGAUGAUGGCUCUGUCGAACCACCUGAACGCGGUGGAGUCGGAGAAGCAGAAGCUGCGGGCGCAGGUGCGGCGACUGUGCCAGGAGAACCAGUGGCUGCGGGACGAGCUGGCGGGGACACAGCAGAAGCUGCAGCGCAGUGAGCAGGCUGUGGCCCAGCUCGACGAGGAGAAGAAACACCUCGAGUUCAUGAACCAGCUGAAGAAAUACGAUGACGACACCUCUCCCUCGGAUGAGAAGGAGGGAGAGACCUCAAGAGAUUCGCUGGAUGACCUAUUCCCCGAGGAGGAGGAGCACGGCCCCGGAGCAGCCUCACACGCCCACAGCAGCAGCGCUGUGGCCGCGGCGCAGCAGUGCGGUUACGAGAUCCCGGCCCGCCUGCGGACUCUGCAUAACCUGGUGAUCCAGUACGCCUCGCAGGGCCGCUAUGAGGUGGCCGUACCACUGUGUAAACAGGCGCUGGAGGACCUGGAGAAAACCUCCGGCCACGACCAUCCUGACGUGGCCACCAUGCUCAACAUCCUGGCCCUGGUGUACAGGGACCAGAACAAGUACAAGGAAGCCGCACACCUCCUGAAUGAUGCUCUGAACAUCCGGGAGAAAACCCUGGGCAAGGACCACCCAGCCGUGGCAGCGACACUGAACAACUUGGCUGUUCUGCAUGGGAAGAGGGGCAAGUAUAAGGAGGCCGAGCCCCUGUGCAAGAGGGCGCUGGAGAUUCGUGAGAAGGUGUUGGGCCGAGACCACCCCGAUGUGGCGAAGCAGCUGAACAAUCUGGCCCUGCUGUGCCAGAACCAGGGCAAGUACGAGGAAGUGGAGUACUACUACCGGCGGGCACUCGACAUCUACCAGAGCCGGCUGGGCACCGACGACCCCAACGUGGCCAAGACCAAGAACAACCUGGCCUCCUGCUACCUGAAGCAGGGCAAGUACAAGGAAGCCGAGACCCUGUACAAGGACAUACUGACCCGAGCCCACGAGAAGGAGUUUGGAUCUGUUAACGGGGAGAAUAAACCCAUCUGGAUGCACGCAGAGGAACGGGAGGAGAUGAGCAAGGGCCGGCAUAAGGACAGUGCUCCCUACGCAGAAUAUGGUGGCUGGUACAAGGCGUGCAAAGUCAAUAGCCCCACGGUGAACACUACACUGAGGAAUCUCGGAGCCCUGUACCGGCGUCAGGGUAAGCUAGAGGCUGCGGAGACCCUGGAGGAAUGUGCCACCCGUUCACGCAGACAGGGUUUGGACCCCAUUCACCAGAGCCGCGUGGUGGAGAUCCUGAAGGAUGGGGAGACAGUGGAACGCCGGCGCAGCCUGGCAGGAAAUCCGGUGAAGUACGAGGGAGGCACGGAGGGCAGCGAGGAGGUCAGCGUUGGAGUGGAGUGGACUGGGACUCAGUGAGCAGCCCCUGCCCCAGGAUGUAUUUGAUGCCCCAGCCUCUCUGCCAGCGACCCCCUUCUUCUCCGCCACCCCCGCCUGUCCGCUGCUUCUUUCACGUCACACGGACUCUGCUUCUCUCUCUGAGCGGCCGGCAGUCUCCACAGGAUCCCAUGCUUUGAAUUCUCUGGGCCGAGGAGCUCCAUCAUGGUUGGCGUCAGCAGGAAGUGAUGUGGACUCCCCCUGUCAGGAGGAGGGUCUCGGGGUCUGCUUGGACAGAAGCUGUUGACCGGGCCUCUGCCGGCCACACCUCGGGGAUAUGGCGAGGGUGGGGGGGUUCAUUGAGUGUUCUGUGAGCUGCCUCCCUUUACUAGUGUGUGUUGUCAGUGUGAACGUGUGUGUCCUGUGUGUGUCUUGGAUCACCAGCGGGUCGGGGAACUGAUCCAUAGGGUAUUUAUGUAGCUGGGGCAACAUGGUGACCACUGUCCUGGCCAGUGGAUCACCAGACCCACUUCUGCUCCAGUCCAAUCCGUGCCCAGGGGGUGUGUGAUAGGAAAGUAUAAAGGGAGCUUCACUCUGUGCCAGACCCUGGGAGUGUGUGAUGGGACAGUGUUGAGGGAGUUUCAGUCUUACUACAUUAUUCAGUAUGAUCAGAGCUGCUCUGAUCUCUCUCCGUAGACUCUGCAUGGCCUGUUGACUGUUUCUGGGUUCUGGAUUUCCCCAUCAGGGGUUACGUCCUGUUAGCACCACCCUGCCCACCCCAACCUGGAUCUUCUCUCAUUCCUCAGGGCCAUGGGGGCCUUAGAGUCGUUUGGUAUGCAUCACUGUGUCAGCGUCCACACUGGCCUCCUGGGCGCCCCUCCUACAGAGAUGCUGGGGGAGCAUUUGGAAAGUGUGUUGAAGGAGAUCUCCUCUGCCAAGACACUUCCAACUUCCAACAGGGCCCCAAAGAACUAGAAUCAGGAGAACCUGACCCCAGGGGAGCUGGAGCCUCUUGCCCUGAUAACCAGCUCCCCAUCCACGGUCAGCGGUGGAAGAAGCCCCAUGGAAGGGAGCAACCUCGGUGUGUCCAGCCCAGAGAUGUGGAGAGUGCAGCCCGUAAGCUAUGGAGCUUGUUCUUGCCGUCUGGAUCCUGAGGUGAUUGUUUCCAUUGACCCAUCCCACCAGGCAGGACUGCACUCACUCUUCCAUCUUCCAGCCUGGUUGUUUCAGUCUCCUCUCCUGGCAGAGGAAGUGCCUGCAUCCCACGACCCAAGUCCCAGUAAGAGACGGGCAGAUGUGCACCAAUGGGCACUGGCUGCCGUGGGAAGGUACCUGCCCUGUCAGAGGAGAUGUGCCACUGACCCACCCAGUGCAGUACGGAUGGCAGGGUGCUCCUCUGUGGACGCGUAUUUUCCAUUGUCCCAGAACUGUUCAGGACACCCAGUCCUUUCUCAUGCCAGGGACUGGCAGCUUCUUCCUUCCACAGUGCAAGACCAAAGUGACCAACCAGUGGCAUAGCCUGGAACCCCGCCGGUUUACGAGCAGCGCGUGGAUCCCUGUUCAGCAGCUGGUGACUUUCAUCUCUGACCUCUGCUGGCCAGGCUUCCUCGGGGUGGUGGGCAGGGAGGUGGAACUUGUUGGGGGGUAAAUGGACCUGGAGGAGGAUAGGAAAGUUUUAGAGGGAUAUGAGCCAACUAUGGGCAAAUGAUGGGAACGGAGCAGUUGGGCUUAAGGAGGUAUUUCUGUGUUGCCUGACUCUAUGACUUCCUUAUCUGUCCCUCCUGCAGACAGCAGUACAGUUGCUGCUUUUGUACUGGGCCUGAGGACAAGUGAGUCUCAAGUAUGUCAGGACCUCCCACAGACCCACAAGAGUUGCUCUACACAAGCUGAAAGUUUGUGGCUGGAAAUGUUGAAUUUCUCUCCACAUUUCCUCUCCCCAUCCUCUGUUACCUCAGAAACUGGCAAUGGCUCUCUCCUCCUCUCUGACAUAGUGUGGGGAGAGGGCGGAGUGACCUCUCCACUGCCCGGUGAGCUCCCUCUGUGAGGAGGGACAUUACCUUCCCCAGCUAUAUGAGGAACUGGGAGGAGCUGAGGAUAUUUGAGAGUCAAUGCCCUCAGCUACUGCCUGCACAACACACAGGGUGUCUAGACAGGGGCUGACUGCUAUGUGUAGGACUGGACAUUCCCCCCAUCCUGCAUCAACACAUGGAACUUAUCCAGAACCUAAACACACGAAGUGGGUAUUAUGGGGGCUUCCUAAACCCAGCCAGGGUGACAGAAACAAGGAGUGGACACAAUGGGAGGACCUAGGACAGGGCAGCAGCACUCAGCAGCCCAGCUUCUCUCUGUUGCGAUGAGUAGGAAGGUUGACAGGACAGUGUACUGGUAGUGUUCAAUGGGCCCCCUUAUUCAUCCCCUGCCACGUCCAGCCCAGUGAAGCCACGGGUAGUGAUAACUGGAGAGUGAGCCAGGGAGGCUGAAGCACAGAAAGAUCCCAAAGGUGUGUGUGGUCAAGCUGGUACGUGGAGGUCCAAUCAGUCCCCUCCCAAGUGUGUCUGACUUUGCGGCAGCAGUGGUGGUCAGAGGAAUACUGUUCAAACGGGCGCUUCUGUGUCCAUUUCUCUGCAUUGUCACUGACACACUCUGUCCCUCUUCCCUGUUACUCUCACUCCCUGAACCCCUCUUCCUGCCUCCCUCUGUGUGUAUCUCUCGCCACCUCAUCCCUCCGCUUUUCUCUGUCUACCUCAUUUCCUGUUUCCUUCUCUCUGCCCGCUUUCCCCUCUCCUUCCUCUCUUUGUGUCACUCUGUUGCUCCUCUCCUACCUCUGUGCCUGUCUUUCUCUUUCUCAGUUUCAUUCUGUCUGUCACUAUCUCCCACUUUCUGUCUCCUUCUCUUUCUGCCUCUCUCCCUCCACCCCUCAUCCCUCCCGCUCCCAACUCUCUCCCACGCUCUGCAGGGAAGGUUUGUUCUUCUGUGUGAUCUUCUUUGGAUCGCUCUGUGUUUGUGUUUAAUUUCAUUGGCUGUAAUGAUCUGGAUCUGAAAUAAAAGUGACCUACUGUC